AUGCUGAAUUAUCCAGUGUGUGCUGGCACUGAGAACAAGCUGAGCUCCCUGUCUGACCUGGAGCAGCAGUACCGGGCCCUGCGCAAGUACUAUGAGAACUGUGAGGUGGUGAUGGGCAACCUGGAGAUCACCAGCAUCGAGCACAACAGGGACCUCUCCUUCCUGAGGUCUAUCCGAGAAGUCACGGGCUAUGUGUUGGUGGCUCUGAACCAGUUUGAGUACCUGCCCCUGGAGAACCUGCGCAUCGUUCGUGGGACCAAGCUCUACGAGGAGAGAUACGCUCUGGCCAUAUUCCUGAACUACAGGAAGGAUGGCAACUUUGGACUCAGGGAACUUGGCUUGAGGAACCUGACAGAGAUACUGAAUGGAGGGGUGUAUGUUGGCCAGAACAAAUUCCUCUGCUUUGCAGACACCAUUCAUUGGCAAGACAUCGUGCGGAACCCCUGGGCCUCCAACUUCACUCUGGUUCCAACCAAUGGCAGCUCAGGAUGUGGUCGUUGCCACAAGUCCUGCACAGGACGGUGCUGGGGACCCACAGAGAAUCACUGCCAGACCUUGACCAAGACCGUGUGUGCAGAGCAGUGUGACGGGCGCUGCUACGGGCCCUACGUCAGCGACUGCUGCCACCGCGAGUGCGCCGGCGGCUGCUACGGACCCAAGGACACAGACUGCUUUGCCUGUAUGAAUUUCAAUGACAGUGGUGCUUGUGUCACACAGUGCCCCCAGACCUUUGUGUACAACCCCACCACCUUCCAGCUGGAGCACAAUCACAACGCCAAGUACACCUAUGGGGCUUUCUGUGUCAAGAAGUGCCCACACAACUUUGUGGUAGAUUCCAGCUCCUGUGUCCGGGCAUGUCCAAGCUCCAAGAUGGAGGUUGAAGAAAAUGGCAUUAAGAUGUGCAAGCCCUGCACUGACAUUUGUCCUAAAGCAUGUGAUGGCAUUGGGACAGGGAGUUUGGUGUCAGCUCAGACAGUGGAUUCCAGCAACAUUGACAAGUUUGUAAACUGUACCAAGAUCAAUGGCAACCUUAUCUUCCUUGUCACUGGGAUUCAUGGAGACCCCUAUCACACGAUCGCUGCCAUCAAUCCAGAGAAAUUAAAUAUCUUCCAAACAGUGAGGGAGAUAACAGGGUAUUUGAACAUACAGUCUUGGCCUGAGAAUAUGACAGACUUCAGGGUGUUUUCUAACUUGGUUACCAUUGGUGGGAGAGCUCUCUAUAGUGGCCUUUCCUUGCUCAUCCUAAAGCAACAAGGCAUCACUUCCCUGCAGUUCCAGUCCUUGAAGCAAAUCAGUGCUGGCAACAUCUACAUCACAGACAACAGCAAUUUGUGCUACUACCACACUGUCAACUGGACCAGCCUGUUCAGCACCCCCAGCCAAAAGACAGUGAUCCACAGGAACAAAAAGGCAGAGAACUGCACUGCUGAUGGCAUGGUGUGCAACGAGCUGUGCUCCAGUGAUGGCUGCUGGGGGCCAGGGCCAGACCAGUGCCUGUCCUGCAAGCGCUUCAUCCGGGGCAGGACCUGCAUCGACUCCUGCAACCUCUACGACGGGGAAUUCCGAGAGUUUGCAAACGGCUCUGUGUGCGUGGAGUGUGAUCCCCAGUGUGAGAAGAUGGAGGAAAAUAUGAUCACCUGCUACGGGCCGGGACCUGACCACUGCACCAAGUGUUUCCAUUUUAAGGAUGGUCCAAAUUGUGUGGAAAAAUGCCCUGAUGGCUUGCAGGGGGCCAACAGCUUCAUUUUCAAGUACGCCGAUGAGGAUCGGGAAUGCCAUCCAUGUCAUCCCAACUGCACCCAGGGGUGCAUAGGGCCACACCUGGAGGACUGCAUUGGGCUGAUGGAUAGGUGUAGAGGCCCAGCUAGUCAUGACUGCAUUUUCUAUCCAUGGACACGGCAGUCCACUCUGCCCCAGCACGCUAGAACCCCCCUGAUUGCUGCUGGAGUCAUUGGUGGCCUCUUCAUCAUCGUCAUCAUGGGCCUGACGUUCGCCGUGUACGUACGGCGCAAAAGCAUCAAGAAGAAGAGAGCGCUGAGAAGGUUCCUGGAGACUGAGCUGGUGGAACCCUUGACCCCGAGCGGCACGGCGCCCAACCAAGCCCAGCUCCGCAUCCUGAAGGAGACAGAGCUGAAGAGAGUCAAAGUCCUGGGCUCUGGAGCCUUUGGAACAGUGUACAAGGGGAUCUGGGUCCCUGAGGGAGAAACAGUAAAGAUUCCUGUGGCCAUUAAGAUCCUUAAUGAGACCACUGGUCCAAAAGCCAACGUGGAAUUUAUGGACGAAGCUCUCAUCAUGGCCAGCAUGGACCACCCACACCUGGUGAGACUCCUGGGUGUCUGCCUGAGCCCCACCAUCCAGCUGGUCACUCAGCUGAUGCCUCAUGGCUGCCUCCUGGAUUAUGUCCAUGAACAUAAGGAUAACAUUGGCUCCCAGCUCCUGCUGAACUGGUGUGUUCAAAUAGCUAAGGGAAUGAUGUACCUGGAAGAGAGGAGACUUGUCCACAGGGACCUGGCAGCCAGGAAUGUCCUGGUGAAAUCACCAAACCACGUGAAAAUCACUGACUUUGGCCUGGCCAGGCUCCUGGAAGGGGAUGAAAAGGAGUACAAUGCUGAUGGGGGCAAGAUGCCAAUUAAGUGGAUGGCUCUGGAGUGCAUACACUACAGGAAAUUUACCCAUCAGAGUGAUGUGUGGAGCUAUGGAGUGACCAUCUGGGAGCUGAUGACCUUUGGUGGGAAGCCAUACGAUGGAAUCCCAACUCGAGAGAUCCCCGACCUGCUGGAGAAGGGAGAGCGCCUGCCCCAGCCCCCAAUCUGCACUAUUGAUGUUUAUAUGGUGAUGGUGAAGUGCUGGAUGAUUGAUGCUGACAGUCGGCCAAAAUUCAAGGAGCUGGCUGCUGAAUUCUCCAGAAUGGCUCGAGACCCUCAGAGAUACCUGGUGAUUCAGGGAGAUGAUCGUAUGAAGCUCCCAAGCCCAAAUGACAGCAAGUUCUUCCAAAAUCUUCUUGAUGAGGAAGACCUGGAAGAUAUGAUGGAUGCUGAAGAGUAUCUUGUUCCUCAAGCCUUCAACAUUCCUCCUCCCAUCUACACCUCCAGGACAAGAAUUGAUUCCAACAGGGUCAUGAUGUUGAAAGUUUCUUGCAUGUCUGUACUGACAAGCAAAAUGAACCAGUUUGUGUACCGGGAUGGUGGCUACACUGCCGAGGUGCCGAUGCCAUACAGGGCUCCAGGCUGCAUCAUUCCUGAAGCCCCAGCUGCCCAAGGGGCCACAGCAGAGAUCUUUGAAGACUCUUGCUGCAAUGGCACGAUGCAGAAACAGGUGGCAACCCUGGCAAAGGAGGACAGCAGCACCCAGAGGUACAGCGCUGACCCCACCGUCUUCAUUCCCGAGCGCGUCGUGCGGGGAGAGCUGGAUGAGGAUGGGUACAUGACACCGAUGAGAGACAAACCUAAAACAGAUUACCUGAACCCAGUGGAAGAGAACCCAUUUGUUUCCCGCCGGAAGAACGGAGAUCUCCAAGCUGUGGACAACCCAGAGUACCACAGUGCUCCCAACGGGCAGCCCAAAGCAGAGGACGAGUACGUGAACGAGCCCUUGUACCUCAACACCUUCGCCAACACCUUGGAAAACGCCGAGUACCUGAAGAACAAUUUGCCAGAGAAAGCCAAGAAGGCCUUUGACAACCCAGACUACUGGAACCACAGCCUGCCCCCACGGAGCACCCUCCAGCACCCGGACUACCUGCAAGAGUACAGCACAAAAUACUUUUACAAACAGAACGGACGGAUCCGGCCCAUAGUGGCAGAGAAUCCUGAAUACCUCUCUGAGUUCUCCCUGAAGCCUGGCACUGUGCUGCCCCCGCCGCCCUACAGACACCGGAACACCGUGGUGUAGUGGCUGUGCUCUCACUCAAGUGGAAAGGCAACCCCUUCUAGCUGCCUCACUCUCACUCCCCCUUUCUCCCUGCCCCUGCCCCUCCUC